UAAGGGUUUUCAGACCAAACUAGAGGCUGACCAAGCAUCAGUCAUCGCUAACUGUCUAAGCGAAGAAAAUGAAGCUGCCGUGGCUCUUGAUCCCUCUUCUAACUUUACAAUUUUGUGGAGUUGAUUUCAGCGUGGCCGGAUCAGGUAAUGGUGGCAGGUGGCAGAUAUACCUUGAAAAGAUCACCAAAGCCACGCAACUUUACAAGCCUUGCAGCCCAUACAACUGCAGUUGCCAUCUCAGUGUCUUGAAUGAUGACCUACGACCCUUCAGAGAGGGAGUGUCUGAGGAGCUCAUGGCAGACACGCUUCGUCGUGGUGUGGGCACCCAUUACCAAAUCAUUAAUAGUAAACUGUAUCGGGAACAGAACUGUAUGUUCCCAGCCAGGUGUAGUGGGGUGGAGCACUUCAUCCUGCAGGUGAUUGACAAGUUGCCAGACGUGGAGAUGGUGGUGAACGUGCGGGACUACCCACAGGUGCCAGGCUGGGUGCAGCCUAUCCUGCCUGUCCUGUCUUUCAGUAAGACUGCUGACUACCAGGACAUCAUGUAUCCUGCCUGGACGUUUUGGGAGGGGGGCCCGGCGGUAUGGCCCAUAUAUCCCACUGGACUAGGACGAUGGGACCUCAUGAGGGAUGACCUUAAAAAAUCGGCAGCACAGUGGCCCUGGAAGAGGAAAGAGUCCAGAGGUUUCUUCAGAGGAUCCAGGACGAGUCCUGAGAGGGACCCCCUUGUCCUUCUGUCCAGAGAGGCUCCAGACCUGGUGGAUGCUGAGUACACAAAGAACCAGGCCUGGAAGUCUGAGAAGGACACACUAGGUAGACCACCAGCUCAGGAGAUUCCCCUGGUUGAGCACUGUCAAUACAAGUACCUGUUCAACUUCCGGGGCGUGGCGGCCAGCUUCCGCCUCAAGCACCUGUUCCUGUGUGGCUCUCUGGUCUUCCAUGUAGGGGAGGAGUGGCUGGAGUUCUUCUAUCCCCAGCUGCUGCCCUGGGUACACUACAUCCCUGUCAAACAGGACCUCUCUGACCUCAGGGAACUGCUACAGUUUGUGAAAGAAAACGAUGACAUCGCUCAAGAGAUUGCCGUUAGGGGUCAGCGGUUCAUCCUGGACCACCUGAGGAUGGAGGACGUGUCGUGUUACUGGGAGAGACUCCUCACUGAGUUCGGUGGGCUGCUCAAGUACAAACUCCAGAGGAAGACUAACUACAAUCAGGUCAUCCACAAGCAUGGGAGGACAGAACUGUGACCGAGCCGUGGGGGGGGGGGUCACUCUGUAUGGACUAUAUGAAGGCAGCUCCAGUCAAUAGAUAGCGGCAGAUCACACUGCUAAAUAAUGUCCCUAAUGCUGGUUUUAGAAUUAGGAAUGGCUGGUCUUCACAUUUAUGCUGUGGUCUCCCCAUAGAUUCUUCAUAGGGUUAGAUGUAAUGGAGUACCCUUUUAAAGUAUUGUGUUAUAGAAGAUUUAGGAGUUGAAAAAUGCUAUAAGAAGAAAGCAGCUAUUUGGGAUUAAAAUUACCAUUGGGAUUAGCACACAGAAAGAGUAGGAUACUGUAUAUAUUGGUUCUCACACAGUUUACAGUUUGUAUUUAGCAGACCUGGGUUCAAAUACUGUUUAGGGUAUUAUAAUUGCUUUCAAAUAUAUUUGGAAGUCAUUAUUUAGAUACUUUUUUUAUUUGAAAAGACAAGUAUUCAAAUGUAUUUGGAAAUACACUUGGAAAGUAUUUGAAAAUACUCAAAUACAAUCUCAUGCAUUUAGCCCAGGCAUUCAAUUUUUUGAUGUUGAAAUUAGUAAGGGAAAGGGGAUAUAUAGUCAGUUGUACAACUGAAUGCAUUCAACUGAAAUGUGUUUAAUGCAUUUAACCCAACCUCUGAAAAUACAGUACUUUCAAAUAAUUCCAAUAAAAGUAGUUGAUUCGGGCCACAUUUUUGGAAAAUACUUUAUUUUCUCUGUAUUUACGCCACAAAUGAUCAAAUACACAUGUAUUUGAACCCAGGCCUGGUAUUUAGUCUUUCCAUGCUCAAAAUAUCAGCGACUUUAUGUCUCGAAAGGAACUUAGGGUAGAGUAUUUAUAAAGAGCUUGAUAGCGUUUGCUAUUAGGCGAAAUCAGUUAUCCCAUCUCACACUGAAAUUGUGUGAAAAAUCAAUGAAAUUGGUUGAUUCUGGGAAAUGACACCUAAAAGGCCAUUUUCCAUCUGCUUUCCCUUACUGCCCUCUAGUGUGUGACCGAAGCCCUGUAUGCUGCUCAGGAGUUGAUACUUACAUCUUCCAUUUGAUUUCCAGUGUUCAAUUCAACUACAAACACAACCAAAACACUCCUCACCUCAGAGUGUUGCCUCUGUUUAAGAAGAACAAUACACUACCAUUGCCAUAUACUGUAGAGAUACGAUGUAGCUUGAAACACUACAUAUUAAGCAUUAAAUAACUACACUCAACACCAAGUGCCAAUAGAACGUGAUUCAUUCAUGUAGAAUGACAUGUCAAACCCACUGUCACUACACUACUUUACUUGGACCUGCCUUGGAAAAGAUGAGUAUGAGCCACAAUGGUACUGAAAUUUUGAAUAUGUUCAAGUAUUCCCAUUGUAGAAUGUAUGUGUUAGUUCUCUGAUUCUACAGCUGUGGUAUAUAUGUAUGUAUGGUACUUUGCACUGUGUAUUGUCUUGACCAAAGAGUACGAGGUGCAAUGCCAAACUAUGUUCAGCUUGUGUUCAAAACAUAUGAUGUGAUCUUCAUGCUUAGUCAGAGUAUUAUAUGCACAGAGAUUGUACUAUCAUGGGCAGGUUGAUUCACCUGCAGAAUUGGUGGAAUAGUUUUGGUUUAUCUGUUGGGCUUUUUAAUUAUUAGCAAUUGAUGCUAUUUUUUGGCUUGAAACACAAUGACUAUGAUAUGAUGCAAUAACAGCCUUUUGUCAAUGUUUUGUUUCUUUAAAUUUUUAUAUCGAAUGUAUCAUUUUUAACUCCGUAAUAAACCAUUCAAAUCUCAA